AUGUUUUCUAUAAUAGAAUUGGAAGAUGGUGUCGUAUUAGUGCCAACAAAGUGGAUUGUAAAUUUCAAUAAUGGGGAACAAAAAUGUUACUAUCCUCCUUCUGCAAAAUCUUUAAAAUUAAAUGAUAUGAUUUCAAAAUUAGUGGACCCGGAUGUGACGUGGAAGCAAUACGAUGUAAUUAAAUAUUUAAAAAGAACAGACACAAUUGAAACAGCCAAGGAAAAAUUACAAGAAGCUUUAGUUAUGUCAGAAAUAGACAGUGACCAAGUUGAUAAUUAUGCGGAAAAUUAUAAAAGAUCAAGGAACAAUAGAGCUAAAAAAGGUUACUUAGGGCAUCUUGACGAUAACGAUGAAUACAACUCUUUUAAAAAGCAAACAAAACCAAAAAUAUCAGAAGACAAAUUAUUAGAAUCUCGUAUAGUUCUUCCGUUACCUCCUUCAAAACGGAUUCGAAUUGCUGCAACUGUGAGUGAAAAUAAUAUACCGGAAAAACUAGUUCCUGAUGAUAAUUUAAGAACUAGUUCAGAAGAUUCGAUGACACUUCUAUCACAAAAAUCUUCUCAAAAAUUGAAACAAAAAGAAUCAACAAUAAAAACUCCCAGUACAUCUUCUGAAAAUCCAAAAAAAUCAAGUAGUAUUGAACGUCAGUCGAGAACACCAAAAAAUGAUUCUGAUAAUUAUAUGUCAAAUAAUUUAAAUCCAAAUUCAGAGACCAGCUUGGCUGCUUUGGAAAACCAAAAUCAAAACUCUAAAUUGGUAACGGACACUGAUUUUGCAUCUCCUACCACAUCUCCUGAUAAUAGAAAAAAAUCAAAUAACACUAAACCUUCUUCGGCAUCAAUGAAAAGUGAUGUAGAUAAUGACAGAUUGUUGAACAAAAAAAGUCAAUCUAACUUAAAUAAUCGUUUGGCUAGUAUGGAAUAUCAAGAUAGAAAAUCUGGUCUCACAUAUGAAGAAUUAUCGCUGUCAAAAUUAAACGAAAUAAUUAUUCUUCUUAAAAAUAUAAAAAUUCAACCGCAAAAUAGGACUUUAACGAUAAACGACAAUAGGUCCUUCUUUGAUUCUUCGAAGUGCCCACAACUGCCAAUUCUUACAAAGAAAGUCUUGAUGAAAGUAAACGAAGAAUUAAAGCAUAAAUCUUUUAAAGAGAAAAUGAUAAAUGCAUUAGGAACAAUUGGCGGAAGAGACGUUAAAAAUGUUUUGGCGAAUGUUUGUACCAAACUAUUUUCUAAUAAAGUAGCUACCUUUUAUAGUUGGUCAGGGAGGAAAUCAAAGAUGUCUUUAGAAGAUACCAAUUUUGCUGAUUUAAUUAUUCAAAGCGUGAAAGCAACCUACCCAGACGAAAAAGAUCACAACAUUAAAGAUGCUGGUUCCAAAUGGUUUGCGCAGGCUAGUACCAGAUUAAAAAGAGAAUUAGCAAAACAAGUAGAUAGUGGCGACGACGACAAUGUUGAGGACGGCAUUCCAAUAAAUGAAUCGGAACCUCUGCAGUCUGAUGCUGAUGAUGAAGAGGAAAUCUAA